AUGAAUCAUCCAUAUCAAAGGCAGCGUGCAGCUUUUAAUGGGAAACCUGAAUAUGGCACACCUCCUGAGCCAUUAACCAGAGAAGAAGUGUUGCACAUGGUUGAAGAUAUUAAUUACAUAUCGGGCUCGAAAAAUGGGGGAAGUGUUGGUAAGAAUGAUGGUGACAGAGUUUGUUGGAAGAAGAAAUCAAAAUUCUUUGAUCUCGAGUAUUGGAAAUACCUUUAUGUGAGGCAUGUCCUCGAUGUUAUGCAUAUUGAGAAGAAUGUUUGA